UUUUAAAAUCUGACUUCAAGCCUUAAAAUCUAGAAUCUCAUUGUGUACUCGAAUAUUAGUAGAACCGCUAGAAUCUUUAAAAGCAAGGAUCACUUUAUAUCGGUCGUCUUCUUCCCUCAUUCUCUUCUUCCCUCACUUUAUAUCGGUCGCUAGAAUCUGUAAAUUAGAGGAUGAAUAAAGAUCUCAACGUUAUUGGGGAGGAGGAGAUGAUUGAGCAUCCGAACCUGAUGCGGGGGUUGAAUAAAGAUCUGAACUUUACUGUUGAUUCUCGGCCGAACAAGGUAAAGUUUUAUCGGCUUUGUUCUGUGUUGUUCUUUUCUAUGUCCGAACAUUAAAUUGCUUUUGCCGGAUUUCUGGUUCUUUCAUAUUUUUAUGUUUUGGGUCAAAACAUCUCAAUUACGAUGAAGUGUCCAAGCACACUGUAUAGAUGACCCGAUUCAAGUUUGGCCAACAAGUAUUUAAUUAAUAAUGAUUUUGUUGCUUGAGGUGACAAAAAUUUCAGAUUUUUCCCCCUCCCUGAAUUGAUUUUUACUUGUUUCUGUUUCAACUCGAGACCCUCAAUCAUAAAAUUGCAAUCUUUAUAACUGAGCCCGUUGAUAUUACAUUGUCAAAUUGCUUUCCUGACUUAGUUUGGAAUCUAUGUUUACCUUGGAAGUUGUUCAUUUCAUUGCCUUUUGUUCUUAUUCUAGAAAACAUCAGCAAUCUUGGAGUUGGAUGCUUUUGAUUUGUUGCUCUGCCACGGUGUACCUGUGUCUCUGAUAAAUUCCAUUCCUAUGUCUCGUGUUCAAUUUCUUUACUUGUAUUUGAAUUUUUUAUCCUAGGUCACAAAUCAUAAACUGGGUACAACUGAGCAACACGUACCUGAAGAUCGGAUUAGUCAGCUUCCGAAUGAAAUGCUUUCUUGUAUCUUAUCUUUUCUACAUUCAAAGAAGCUGGCAGAACAAGUAUUCUGUCGAAGAGAUGGAAGCACGUGUGGACGUUCAUUCCUGAACUUGAUUUUAAUGCAUUAAAUAAAUUAUGCAAUUUCGCACCUGGCGAGAACUACAUGGAUCGAGUUUUUGAGGAAAGGCCUAAGUUUGCGAACUGGGUAAAUAAGGUGUUGGGGUCCCAUCAGGCAAUGUUGUUGAAUAAGUUUAGAAUUUAUUGUGAUUUGGGUAAUUCGUAUCUGGCGGAUUUGGAUGAGUGGCUUCGAUAUGCCUUUGAACGAAGUGUCCAAAGGCUGGAGGUGAACCUGUUACCCCAUGGCCCUGGUUCUUAUCCCUCCACUGAGUGUUAUGUUUUUCCUUCUGCCUUUGUUGCACAAAAAAGUUGGCAUUCUCUUAAACUAUUGAUUUUGAAACAUGUCUUAAUUUCUGGGGGCAAUCUUGAAUUCUUUUUGCGCAACUGCAAAUUUCUUGAAAGCGUGGUGGUGUGUGCAUCUCGUGAUUUACAAACUUUGAACGUUUGUGGUCCUUCGCUCACGUUGCGACACCUGGAUAUUGGUUUUUGUCCCUUGAAAACCCUUAUUAUAAGCAAUGUCAAUCUUAUCUCUCUUAAGAUUGAUAGACCAAAAGCAAUGACCCUUAGGAAUGUCCCUCAGCUCGUUCAUGUGGAGAUCCGUACUAUUAGUUUCGCUGUUGAGGAUUUUGUUGACCGGCUUUCGUGCUGCUUUUUCAAACUGGAGGUGCUUUCUUUGUUUAUGAAUCCUAAGGAUAUUAGGGAGUAUGAAAGGAAAAUGCCUGAGCUACCUGCACUGAAGCAAUUAGUUGUAGUACUUUAUUUAUUUAAAGAGGAGAGCAUGUCUGGACUUACUUCGUUCUUUAGGGCAGCACCAAACCUAGAGAAGUUUGUAAUAAAGACGAGAUACCCGUUUAGAAAAAUGUUAGGGACCAGCAGAAAGUCCGAGAAUGUUGUACAGUACAGUGUCCAACAUCUUAGAGUGGUUGAGAUGCAUGAAUAUCGCGGCCGAUCAGUUGAAAUUCAACUUGUCAAAUACCUCCUUGAAAAUGCAAUGUCCCUUGAGAAGAUUGUUGUUGAUCCACGUUAUGAAUUCCUUGGACUGGGUUUUGAACCUUGGUUUAUCCAUUCUAACGUACGUAGUCUAGAAGCUGAGAUAACAAAUGAUGGCAGAAGGUGUGCUGAGAAGCAACUAGGUGGAAUAAUCCCGUCACAUGUUGCAUUGCAGAUACUUUAGUUAGCUUAGCUCGGCAUAUAUGCAUGAGGUCUGGUCUUAAUUAGUUGUUAUUUGAGCAAUAAACUAUGUUUUGAACAAUUAGUUAUUUGCUCAUGUAGAACUAUGUUAUUUCAAUUUUCAAGUCUUUAUUCGGUCUUUGUUCUGUGACUGUUUUAAUAUCAGUGGCCUCUUUUGUUCAUGCAUGGAAACAGUAAGGGUCCGUUUGGUUGUUUGGAUUUUGAAUUGACAUUGACAUAAAUGUCUACCACAUCCAUUUGGAUAUUACUGACAUGUAUGUCAAAGUCAAAUUCUGAGCAACGAUUUGAUAUGUAUUUGGGUUGGAAAUCCAAAUCAUGUGUUUGGUAUGAUAGACAAUAAUAGAUAUUAAGAUAUGAACUUCGAACACCUAUCGCAUUUUAUCAAACACCUUCAUUGCAUCACCUAAUAGACCCAAUUGAUAUCCCUAUUUUGUCCAAAUCUAAGCAAAAAAAGAGCUCUUUCAAGCAACACCAGUCCAAAUAAACACCUCAGAUUGAAGCCAUUGACGUGGAAAACAAAGUUUUCGUAGACCGUCGAUGCAGCGGAAAUUAUAAAUAUGUACAUAUAAAUUUUAAGAAAAAAAAUCAGAAAAUCAUGAGAAAUUAACAAGGCAGUUGCUCUUUUCACACCUUGAUGCAAUUCAUCCCAGAUGCUUUUCAUCAUGAAAGAAAAACACCAUAGCUUAGCUCUACAAAAGAACCACCAAAGUACUUUUCAGAUCUAUUAAAACUCUAAUCCACGGAUGAAACCAAAAGGGGAAAAAAAAGAAAAGAAGAGAGAAGGAGAGGAAGAAAGGAAGAAAAUUUACCGAUGGAGAUUGAUGGUAGAUGAAUGGAAGAUGAAGUGGAGGAACAGCAAAAAGGAGGAAGAGAAAUUGGCAUAAAACAUCUUUUCAUUGCAA